AUGGUCGUAGGGGUGAAAACUAGUGAUGGUUCAUUUUGGAGUAGGGAUGAUGAUAUUGCUUUUGAGAGAGCUCUUGCGGUUUAUACCGCCGAGAUAGAUAAUCGUUGGGAAAAGAUUGCUGAUGUUGUUCCAGAGAAAACUUUAGAACAAGUUAUAAAACAUUAUGAGAAGUUACUUCGUGAUGUUAUGCUGAUUGAAUCUGGAAGCAUACCUUUUCCUGAUUAUAAUGAGGUUCCAGAAGAAACAAAUGUUAGAGAAAGAUGCAUUGGGGAACGUGGUAUUGAUCGCAAAUGUAAGUACAAGCAAGAAGAUGAACCAAAACCAAAGCCAAACCGACGUAAGGCGAUUCCGUGGUCACCGCUCGAACACAGUCAAUUUGUUCUUGGUCUAAAAAAAUAUGGGAAAGGUGAUUGGCGUAGCAUUUCUCGUCACGUAGUAUUGACAAGAACACCAACUCAAGUUGCAAGUCACGCACAAAAAUACUUCGCACGUCUUAAAGCUACAAACAGAAGUAGACAGAGACAUAGCAUUCACGAUGUCAACAUCGCUGAAAGCAGUAACAUCUCAGCAACAGAAGCACUAGUCACAUGGCAAGACGCUCAAGCCACUUCAAAACCAUCAUUUGACCAUCAUGCAUAUGAGACACCUACCAUAUGGAACACAAAAGCCUCUUCACAACCAUCAUCAGUAGACCAUCCUACUUAUGCGACACCUACCAUGACACCUACCAUAUGGAACAUGCAGGCCGCUUCGCAACCACCAGAGAAUGUUCCUGGAUAUGGCACAUCCUCUAUCGGACAGUCAAUGGUUGCACCAUAUGUCUUACCUUAUGGAGCUGACAUGAAUCUCUUGGCGCCACCUUACAUGGCUUACGGGGUUCAACAUCCUUCGGUACCUCACACCUCAGUUCCUCGUGCACCGUUCAACACAGGUCUAUUUUCAGACAACAUGACAUAUAUAUCUACUUCUCGUUAG